CCCCAGCCCGGCCCCACCGCCGUCGUGCCCGCCUACAUGCUGGACCUCUACCGCCUGCAGGCGGGCGAGGACGAGGACGAGGACCGGGACCGGGACCGGGACCCGCACCGGGGCGCCCGCCUGCGCUACCCCGAGAGGUCGGCCAGCCGUGCCAACACCGUGAGGAGCUUCCACCACGAAGGUCAUUGCGGGAUUCCCCCCGGGCCCAGCGCCGCCCCCCGCCUUCGCUUCGUCUUCAACCUCAGCAGCGUGCCCGACAACGAAGUGGUCUCUUCGGCGGAGCUGAGGCUGUACCGGGAGCAGGUCCGGGAGCAGAGCCCCGGCUGGGAGAGGGGCUUCCCCAGCAUCAACGUUUACGAAGUCAUGAAGCCCCUCUCCGAGGAGCGGGGGCAAAUGAUCACGAGACUACUGGACACGCGGCUGGUGCAUCACAACGAGACGCGGUGGGAGAGCUUCGACGUGAGCCCCGCCGUCAUCCGGUGGACCAAGGACAAGCAGCCCAACCACGGCCUGGCGGUGGAGGUGGUCCACCUCGGCCAGACGCCCGCGCAUCAGGGCAAACACGUCAGGAUUAGCCGAUCUUUACCUCAAGGGGACGGGGACUGGGCUCAGCUGCGGCCCCUGCUGGUGACUUUCAGCCACGAUGGCAAGGGCCACGCGCUGGUGCGGAGAGCCAAGCGCAGCCCCAAGCACCAGCGGCCCCGCAAGAACAAAAAGAACUGCCGGCGCCACGCGCUCUAUGUGGAUUUCAGCGACGUGGGCUGGAACGACUGGAUCGUGGCCCCGCCUGGGUACCAGGCCUUUUACUGCCACGGAGACUGCCCCUUCCCCCUGGCCGACCACCUGAACUCCACCAACCACGCCAUCGUGCAGACCUUGGUCAACUCCGUCAACGCCAGCAUCCCCAAGGCGUGCUGUGUGCCCACCGAGCUCAGCGCCAUCUCCAUGCUCUACCUAGAUGAGUAUGACAAAGUGGUCCUGAAAAACUACCAGGAGAUGGUGGUGGAGGGGUGCGGGUGCCGCUGACCCCCUCGCCUUCCCUCCCCCACCCCCCUCUCCCUUCCUUCCCUGCCCUCCUCCCCGGACCCCAGAACUGCUCGUUCCAGCCAGACUCUAAACUAAACGUUCACCUUGACCUUAUUUAUGACUUUUAUGUGCAAAUGUUUUGACAAUAAUGAUCAUAUAUUUUGACAAAAUAUAUUUAUAACUACAUAUUAAAUGAAAAAAAAA